UUUUUGCGCCAUCAUUCCACUUUCCCUGAAAUCCGCCAACAAUGACAAUGACGGGCCCAAACAAGAUCGUCAAACGUCAAGCGGGCAAGGACUCAAAGAGUUCUUCGCGCCCUUCGUCCGGCGGCGCUCUCUGCAAGACCUGCACGCCAUGUCGCCAGAAGAAAGUCCGCUGCGACGGCACGCGCCCGCAGUGCGUAGAGUGCAGCACCAACAGCCUUCCCUGCGUAUACCCUCACGAUGCCCGCCGAGAACCUCGACCGUCGCGCGCGCGCGUGCAAAGCCUCGAGGCGACAGUCGCCGCUAUGCUCGAUCACAUGAAGGCCGCCGGCAUCCUUACGUCCGAGAUGCAGUCUGCGUGGACGGCGGAGCUAAUGGAUACGGAUCACCCGUCCCGCGCUUCGCAGGAUUAUACUACCCAUGGACUGAGCCGUCUUGCUUCGACUGCUGCUAUUGCGAGUCCGCUUCCGACACCGACUGCUUCUACAGCUGCGCAGGAAAUGGGCGCUAGUUUUCUUUCUUCGCCGCCGAGGAGUAGCGUUGGGCCAACGGAUGAGACGAAACCUCGACUCGAUAGCUUCAAUACGAUUCUCUCACGAACGACACAGACACAACUCGAUUCUACAGAACUCGCGCCUGUCAAAUUAGUCCCUCGCCCUAUAAGCAACGACGGUAAUGGUGACGGCACCGGUCUAUCGCCAAGCGAAGCUCGAGUAGCUGGUGUCUUCCACGAGAACGGCUAUGUCUCUGCGGUCCACGGUCUAGCCAGUAUCAUGAACCCGACAUCACGCGCACAGCACCGAGAGAAUAUCAAUAAGAUGACACGAAAAGGCGACGAUGCUAUAUCAGCUUCGAAAGCUCGACUUAUAAGCAAUGCUGCGCUACAACGGCAGCGAGAGGCGCGCAUGUUUCGCAACCCACGAGACCUGAUGGACUUGGAUGGUGUAGACCCAGAACUUGCUAAGCAUCUUCUCGACUUGCACUUUAAUCGACAACAUUAUGCAUACCUUAUCUCAUACCGACCUGCUAUUAUGGACAGUCUUGCCAGUGGUGGUGGCCCUUUUGCGAACAAGCUCCUACUCAAUGCUAUUUUCUACUCGACUUCCUUAUACAGCGACCGCCCAUCCCUCCGCGCCGAUCCCGAUGAUCCUCAAAGUGUUGGAAGACGCUUCUAUGAUCGAUUCCGAGAACUUUUGAUAGACGAACUCGACAAGCCUAGUAUUCCUUCUGCUCUUGCACUGCUGCUUACAAGUGUAUCGCUUGUAUCACAAGGCAAACCCAGUGCAGGUUGGAGUCUGUCAGGAACAGCGCAUCGUAUGAUCAUUGAUCUGGGAUGCCAUCUUAUGCUUGGCCCUGAUUAUGAGAGCACAGGCGGUGUCAACGAGCAACGUGUGCUACGGACGGAUCUGGAGCAGGAGAUGCGAAAGCGUCUUUACUGGGCUGCUUUUACUACCGAUGCCACUCAAGCGUUGUACCUUGGCCGUCCCUGCAUGUUUGCAUCUGCACAAGCUAGAGUUCCUCUCCAGCUUCUUGAUACUUUCGAGGAGCUAGAAGAAUGGGAACCUUAUAUCGACCCCAAGUCACCAGCUUCAGCUCCCCCGCCAUACGGUCGCCAGCCUGCCCACGCUGUUUCCACGUUUAGCAGUCUGGUGAGGAUAUUGCAAAUCUCGACAAGGAUCAAUGACCUCUAUGGCAUCCAAUGUGUCAAAUACACAACAGAGUAUCUUCUCAACAAGAAGGAGUCCAUCGAGAGAGAGCUUGAGAAGUGGCAGACGAGUCUUCCCAGCCACCUAUGCUUCGACCCCGACGAUACUCUCACCAUCACACCCCCACCCCAUCAAAUCACCCCACAUACGACAUUCCAUGCUCUCACCAUUCUGCUACACCGCGCAUUCCUCGAGGAAGGUCACCUUCGCCGCCACACCGACGAGACCGCGAAGCGCCGCGGUGAAGAAGCGUGCAUUCAAAGCGCUCUCAUGAUCCAGAAGCUCGUACGUCGAUACCGUGAAUCGUUCACUCUUCGUCGCGCACCCUUCCUCCUCUCAUACGCAGUCUACUCCGCCGUCAUCGUCAUUCUUCGCCAAGAGCGCCACGAGCGAGGUCAAUUCACAGAGCCCAUCUCCUUCUUCUGGACAUGUCUCAGCGAACUCCAAGUAGGAUGCAACUUUGGUCUCAAGAAGCCCCUCAGCGUUCUCCAGGACAUGGUGCGCGAGUUCCAGACCAGUAUCAAGGAGAGUGGUUCCACUGGUACAGAACAACCCCAGCCUGCUGGUCUCGAUGAGAGUUUCUUCUUCCCUCUCGCCAUGGCACCCGCUGCAUCUGCUAUUGCGCCUAAUAACACCAACACUUCUACGCCAACGGGUGCUUACGUUUCUGCUACUGCAUCAGAUUAUAUCCCGCAUAUGGAUCACUUUGACCCGGCGUUUGGCCACUCACCGGGUUUGCUGGAUUUCUUGAAUGACCAGGAGAAGGACAUCUCGCAGGAUGCGCUUUAUGGAUUGUUUGCGCCGUCGCAGCCUUUCCCGUGACUGUCUGAGGAGCUUGGCGAGACCUUUUUCGCGGGACCUGCGAGAGCGGCAUAGGUGUCCUAUGUUUGCCUCUGUUCGCUGGCUCAGUAGAGGCACUCGAAAUCUCGUACAACCGAGGCAUUCGGACAACUCUGGAGGGCGAUUACGCUACAAAGAUGGAAGGCUUCCACUUGGAAGCGACUGGACGACAUUGGCACCAUGGAGGAAGCCGUCACUGAAUCUCGACUCCAUUGUCAUUUGCCGCUUUCUGUAUCUUGGGGGCUCUUCUUGGGACUCAAGCAUGUUAAACGCGCGAUUUUUCCGCAUUCGAUUGCAUGUCGAGAUUGAGGUGGAUUGUUGGAAUCUAUUUUAUAGAUGUGGAUAUGACGAAUUGAUGAGGAAUUUGUUAGCAAGCAACAUGAUUAGAUCUUUGUUUCAUAGCGUACGAAUUAUCUAGGCGUUCAAAAGGGGGUUUGCUAGGUAUAUCCAAUACAUUUUUACGAGAGAAACAA